AUGAAGACACUGAUAGAUUUGGUUGAAGACGAGAACGAGAGUGAACACGAAGAAAGCGAAAGUUCUGGUGAUGAAACCGAAGAUGAAGAACCAAGAAUAAAAGAUGUUUUGAGUCAUCCUUCCCGAGCGGUGUCGGAAAAGCGUACUUCUGAUUUGCUGCAUAGUAUGGCCGCUUCCAAAGAUAUUCUUUUCUGGUCGCCACGCGGACAAUUACUUCGAAAUAAACGUAUAAUUCCCGUCACAAACAUCGCCGAGCUAGUUGAGUAUGUGUUACUCCCUCAUAACGAUGAAGUAACCAAGCCUCGUGCGCUGAAUACGUUUCUAGAGGGACUUGCAGAGUUAGGGAUCGAUAAAGGUUUAAUCAAGAACAAAAAGGUUGCUAAGCGAAUUAAUAGAAAAGGAAAAAGGCUACCGAAAUGCAGAAAAUAUUUCCAAGAACAAGAGUAA